CAGCGCCGCCAGUUUCUCCCCGGAAGCCCCAACCUUUUCCUGCGACUCCGCUUGCCCUUGGCAUUGUGGGUCCACCUCGGUGGGGGGUCUCAAGUGGGAAGGGUCCUAAUGCACCUCCGGGACCAUCCAACCUUUCCUCUCUCCCUGGCCUGCGAAGACGUGUUCCUUUGAAGACUUCUUUAAAACGCCUCCUUCCCAAAGCAAGAGUACUGUGGUACUUUCUCCGCUCCUACCUGUCACUCCCUGCCGUGUGCACAAGUUAGUUAAGCGGUCGCCCACUGCUUCCCACGCCCACCCCCAGCCUGACCCCACCCUGCACCACCACGAUGCACAGGCCUUUACGUGUAAGCACCCCCAAAACGAUUUGGGGAUUAUGAUAGAAUUUAUUUAUUCUUCAGACUUCUAAACAUCCUUGGUUGCUGCUGAACUGCACUUAGAUGAUUGUUGCCUUUUUCUGAUACCUACCUUUGAUCAAGUCCUUUCUCUGUAAUUCCAAAGUAUGUCCUCGAUGUGACCACCUCUCACUCUCCGCCUUCCACCCUAGUCCUCAGUACCCUCCCCGCCUUUUGCCUAGACUGCUGUUGUAGUCUCCUGAUUGGUCAUACUGCUUCUGCUCUUACUCUCUUACAGUCUGUUCCUCGCACAGAGGUCGGUAGUUUGACUAAAUCAGGUCAUGUUAGUGCAUAGAAUUUCACUCCAGCAGUUUAAAAUUCAAACUCCUACAAGACUCGUUUGCCCAACCCCUACUUUUCCAACCUGAUCUGUUGCUUUUCUAUUUCUGGCACGCUUACCCUCUUAUGGUUCUUGGAGCACACCAGGCUGGUGCCCCCUUCUGUCUUGAAGCAUUUUGCACUUGCUUCUUUACUUCCGUGCCUGCACCACUCAAUUAGGGUUUUUCCUUGAAUAUCACCUCCUCAAAAAAGUUCUUGCCUGACCACCUAUCUAAAAUAACUCCUUUCCCAACUAAUAUACUUAUCCCUGCCCGAUAUUAUAUUGCAUAUUUGUAUGUCCUUGCUUAUUGUCUGCAUCCCAUUCUAGAAUGUAAACUCCAUGAGGGCAGAGCCUGCAGAUCACUAAGCACCUGGAAGAAUACCUGGCCCCAUUUUAUGAAGUGCAUCACAUGUGAUUGUCUCUUUAGUAGAAAAUUAUCCAAAUUAUAUGAUCAUAAAUCUGGACAAGCUGGAUUACUGUGCAAGCUUAAAGAAUCUUGAAACCAUUUCUAACAAACAAAACUACAAAUUCAUACAGGGUGACAUUUGUGAUUCUCACUUUGUGAAGCUGCUUUUUGAAACAGAGAAAAUAGAUAUAGUACUACAUUUUGCUGCACAAACACAUGUAGAUCUGUCAUUUGUCCGGGCCUUUGAGUUUACAUAUGUUAAUGUUUAUGGCACUCACGUUUUGGUAAGUGCUGCUCAUGAAGCCAGAGUGGAGAAGUUUAUUUAUGUCAGCACAGAUGAAGUAUAUGGAGGCAGUCUUGAUAAGGAAUUUGAUGAAUCAUCACCCAAACAACCUACGAAUCCCUACGCAUCAUCCAAAGCAGCUGCUGAGUGUUUUGUACAGUCUUACUGGGAACGAUACAAGUUUCCAGUUGUCAUCACAAGAAGCAGUAAUGUUUAUGGACCUCAUCAAUAUCCAGAAAAGGUCAUUCCAAAAUUUAUAUCUUUACUGCAACACAACAGGAAAUGCUGCAUUCAUGGAUCAGGGCUUCAAACAAGAAAUUUCCUUUAUGCUACUGAUGUAGUAGAAGCCUUUCUUACUGUCCUCAAAAAGGGAAAACCAGGUGAAAUUUACAACAUUGGAACCAAUUUUGAAAUGUCAGUUGUCCAGCUUGCCAAAGAACUAAUACAACUGAUCAAAGAAACCAAUUCAGAGUCUGAAAUGGAAAAUUGGGUUGAUUAUGUUAAUGAUAGACCUACCAAUGAUAUGAGGUAUCCAAUGAAGUCAGAAAAAAUUCAUGGAUUAGGAUGGAAACCUAAAGUGCCUUGGAAUGAAGGAAUAAAGAAAACAAUUGAGUGGUACAGAGAGAAUUUUCACAACUGGAAGAAUGCAGAAAAGGCCCUAGAACCCUUUCCUGUAUAGUCAGCAUUUAUAUACUCGGCGUAGUUUUCAGAGAAGAAGAAAAUUAUCCUACCUCAACAAGUGGUAUGAAAUCAAGUGACCAAAUGAAGUGUCCUCUUUUCAUUUGGAAUUAGAUUCAUCACUUUUUGUAUCAAAUUCAAAUGCAGAGUGCCUCGGUCUUUGGAAGAGUUUUGAUUGGCACAGGAUUUAAUUAUCAGAAUCCUCUCAGAAAACAACUCCUGGAAAUUAGGAAAUAGUAGGCAUAGACUAUCUAGGGGUGGGCCAGGAGGGAGGCUCCUGGUUCUGAGAACAAAGUCAGGUAGCAGCAGUAGGUGGAUGGCAGCCUUGACUGACUUGGAACUCAUUUGGCUUCCCAGCCUUUGCCAGUGCCUAGAAAGUCUUCCAAGUUCUCAUUUAUAGGCAAAGUAGGAGAGUAUUGUGCUAUAAUUCAGCUUUUUCUCAAGAUAUGAUAUUGUGCUAUAAUCGCUUUAAAAAUGGAACAAAAUGGAAGCAUAUCUAGCACUUUUUAACUUUGGAUAAUUUUGUAAAAUUAAGUAAAAUGCUUUUUAAAAAAGGAUGUAAAAUUUUUGUAUUUUCAAAAUCAGUUGUUAACCCAUAUAUAACCUGUAUCAGGGAAAUUUUAUCAUGUACUUACUGUUUAUAAUUAUUUUAUUUAUAAAAUCAGUAUUUUAAUGUAUUUAAUGUAGAAUGAGACAUUUUUAAGUAAUGUAUAUUUUUAUUUUGCUCUAGAGGAAUUUUUAAAAAAUGCUUGAUUAUGUAUGUUUAAUCACUCUGUCCUAAAGACCAUAAGAUGACUUGAAAAUAACUGACUGGACACCAGGUUGGGAAAGGGAGAGGAAGCUGAUUGAUCCUCUGAUUAUCAAGAAUACAGAUUUCAAAGCUGGCCACCUUGGAUCACUGGUCAUAUGGCUCGAGCAAUUUCCCUCUAUGUGGAAUGUGCUGUUGCUUGAACCACAAGAAGCCUACAAGGUACCACUUCCUUCUUUGUGGAAGAGGAUGUAAGAAACAGCCAUCUGACUUUUACUUUGGAGCGUGUGCCCUGGCAUACCCGGAUCAUCAGACUCCCCAAAACUUUACUGAAGUGGCAAACCCCUGAAUCAUCAUCAGGUCGAAAGUGAAUUAUCAAUGCAUGAGUGUGCUCUCCACCUCCCCUUAAUCCUGCCUGAUGCCAUCAAUGUGAUAGAUCCAUGUGACACUCUACAGGACGUUCAGAAGAUCAAGUCUCCCAGGAGAACAGAACUAGUUCAUACAGUCCUUAGGUGUAACUGAGUGCAUCUGUCUCCUUAUCUUUUGUGAUCAAGCUGGAAAUGUACACAUUCACCAAAUCAGUGAUUGAAUACCAUGUACCCCCACUAGGAAGAUGCUACAUGGGCAUCACAGCCACCAUGAGAGUUGCUGCUUGAUUCAGCUUGCGGUUGUCUGCAAUUGUUCUCCAGGAUACCCGGUUUCAGCAGGGACCAGAUUUAUGAGUUAAAUAGAGAUGUGAUGAGGACCCACCUCUGCAUCCUUGACAUCAUCAAGGGUGACCUCAUCCUCACCAUCUGGAAUAUGCAUUUUGUUUUUGAUUUACUAUUUUGGCCAGGGGAGUGGCCAGUAGAGGCAAGGCUGUUAAGCUAAGGUCAGGGCACUGAUUGAAAACCCAGGACCCUGAUAUGUGCAUGGAAGUAUUUGGAUGGAUGCCUUUAAAGAUUUUAACUGAAGUUUUUUAACUAGUAAGUCCUGAGUUUGGUCUUGGACUUUGUCUUCUCUGUACCUCAGGUGAUAAGGUACUCAUUUAGUUGUCACUUGUUUGUUAAUUAUACUCAGCUUUUCCUUUACCUUCUCUUCCUUUCCCUUCUGUAGGUACCAGUACAACUUAUUAAAGACCAAUCAAUGCCAUUACCCUUGUGUGACCUGUUCCCCUGACCUUUUCAAAAGCCCAAAUUACUGCACCAGCCUUGGCAGUAUGGUCCCCUCUAUGGGACAUCCUCCUUAGUCACUAUACUUGAAAGUUUUAGCGAUCAGGUGGCUGCCUUGCAUGUGGGACUAUUUGUACCUCAUACACAGGAUGGUACUCUUGAACAGCCAGGCAGGGAGUGUUUCAGUUCCAAAUCUGUCUUACCAACUGCCUUGCUGUAUCAGUCUUGGAACCAACUGUGUCAUUUGGAUCCUCUGAAAAGAAGGGACUGAGACAGAGUUAAAGGCACAAGCGGUUUCUUAACAGGGAGGGAGAAUGUUUAAUGGGUGGGAGAAAUCUUGAGGCAGCAUAACAGAUCUAACAGCUGUAAAGAGAAGGGAGAGGAAGAAGGACUGGUAGAGACAGCCUCCAGCUGUUGCAGGUCUGACAGGAUGUCAGCUAACCCAACAGGGAGCCCCGGAGCCAGCUCACUUAUUGGAGAGUUUCCCUACCGGGCAGAAAUGGCCAGGCUCCUGGAUCAUUCAUGGCUAAGUGAGCUCAGCAGCAGCCGAGGUGCUAAUCCAGAGGCAUGGCAGGGUGAGGCUGUCAGCCAACUGCAUUCUUGGCAGUGGAGUGGCAAGCUCUUUCUCCAAGGAAAUCCUUUAUAAUUGCCACCUGUUUGUAGUAGAGAAGUGGAUCUUGGGAUUUAAUCGCUCUCAGUACAGAUUUUCAACCAAACCAUUGCCUUUUAGUCCAAUACCUUACUCUCCCCCAUCUCUCCUGCCAGCACCUCCCAUUUGAGUACCUCCCAUGCCCUGUCCUGAGCCUCUCUGGUUUCUAUGAGGUUGAGUAGCCUAAUCUAGAGGUUCCCAGAAGGAUUUCUGGAGAUGACAUUUAAAGUGGAUCUUAAAGGAUGGAAGGGAGUUAGAAGAGGAAGCAGAGGGCGAGUCUAGGCAGAGGGAAGAGCAGAGUGAAAACAUCAAGUGGUAAAUAAUACUGUUGAGGCAAUGGCAGAUCCUCAGUAUCUAGCAGUCAUUCUCAAAAUGUGUCCCCAGGUCAUUAGGGAAAUGCAAAUUGAAAGUAUAACACUUCACACCCAUAAGGAUGGCUGUCAUUAAAAAAAAUUAAGUGUUGAUGAGGACAUUAAGAAAUUAGAAUCCCAGUGCAUUGUUGGUGAUGGUCAAGUGAUGUAGCCACCAUGGAAAAUCAUAUGUUGUGGUUCCCCAAAAAUCCAAUUGAGUUACCACAUCAUCUUGCAGUUUGACUCAUAGGUCUAUAUCCAAAAGAACUGAAAGCAGGGACCCAACUAUACAUGCACACCAGGGGUUAUAACAUCGUUAUGUUAUAAUAACAUCGUCACUCACAACGGCCACAAGGUGGGAACACACAAGUGUCCAUGGAUAGAUAGAAUGGAUAAAUAAAAUGCAGUUAUGUACAAACAGAGGGAACAUUAUUCAAAAUGGGGAAUUCUUAUACAUGAAAAACAUGGAUGAACCUUGAGCAAGGACAUUAUUCAUAAGCCAGAGCCAAAGAGCAAUACGGUAUGAUUCCUCAUAGAUGAGCUACCUAGAGAGGGCAAAUGCAUAGAGACAAAGAAUAUGACAGAGGUUUACUAAGCCUCAGAGAGGGAGAGAAGGGGUUUUGCUUAAUGUAUACAGAGGUUUUGUUUGGGAAAAUGAAAAAGUUCUGGAAGUGGAUAAUGGCAAUGUUCAUACAAUGUUAUGAAAUGUAUUUAAUGCCACUGAAUUAUAUACUUAAAAGUGGAUACAAGGGCAAUUUUACAAUAUGUACAUUUUAACCAUGUUAAUAAUUGUAAAGAAUGUGUUCCCAAACCAGUCACCUCCAUCACCAGGGAACUAAUUAGGAAGGCAAAUUCUUGGACCGCACCUUAGACUGACAAUCAGAACCUCGGGAGGUAGGGCCUAGUAAUUGAGAUGAGCCAUAAUGUUUGAGAGCCUCUGCUCUGCUGUGUGAGAUGGGGAGAAAACGCUAGAGGGGAUUGUAGUGGUAGGAUGCUAAUCUUGCCAGUGAGGUGCUGAUUCUGGAUUUUAAGGAAGAAAUGGACAUUGUCAGAUUUGUGGAUUUAUCUGUUUUCUAAUUAACAUGUGCUUUUUGCAGAAAUCUUGGAAAAUUAAAUAAAAACCAGAAAGCCAUCGUAA